AUGUUCAGCAAGAGCAGGACAAGAUGAAUGACGAACUUCAGAAAGAAGAGAAAAUGUGGAAGGAGAAAUUUAAACAGCAUGAGGAGUUUAUUAGAACCUUGCAUAUUCAAAUGGAAGAAGAAAGAACAAGAUAUAAAGACCUACAGGAAAAAGAAAAAAUGCGUUUGUUAAAACUGCAGCAUAAUGCAGCUGUAAAAAUUCAAGCUAAAUAUAAAGCAUUUGUGGCCUACCGAAAAUAUAGCCCAAUCAUAAAGGAACAAAUAGAAAGUAAGAAAAGGAAAGCACAAGAAUGGAAGGAAAGGGAAGCAAAAAUACGACAGAUGGAAGAAGAAAAACUAAAGAGACUGGAGGAGAAACGAAGGAUAGAAGAAGAGAUAAAAAAGCAGCAGCAAGAGGAAAGGAAAAGGAGAGAGAAAGAAUAUGAAGAAAAAAAGAAUAUCUUGAGACAAGAAAGAGAGCAACUACUCAACAAAGAAAAAUUGAGAUUAAGAGAAGAUGCAAGAAAACAACUAAUAAUAAGUAGAGCAUUAAAAAAGGGAGAACAUAAUGCCAAACACUUACCUGUCGAAGAUGCAUCAAGGAAUAAAGAGGAUGCAGACAAAAGGCUAGGGGUUGAAAAGUCAAGGCAGUGGGAAGAUGUUCCCUCUUGGCUCGUUGAAGAAUCAAAUAAGACAGAAAAUGUAGAUGCCCAGCUUGUAUUGAAAGAACCAACACAAGUUCUAUUAAAAGAGUCUGGAUCACACCAGACAAUUUUGGCAGAAUUUAAAAUAGAAGAAAAAAAUGAAAAUCUAGGAAAACAGUGUUCAGAAGAAUUGGUCAAGCAAGCAAGAGAUUAUGAAAAUGCAGACCAGAAAACUCAAUUGGAAAACCCAGAUCGAAAAGAAAGUGUGAAAGAAGAGUUUCAGCUACAAGAAUUAAAGUCUCAAGCCCAAGAAGAGGAUGUCAUGAAACCUGCCAUAAAUAAGACUAUGAGACAAGAAACCCAAAUAAUAGUAUUAGGAUAUAAUCAAGAAAUUAAUGACGUACAAAACAAUGAAGCCCCAAAAGUAAUCAGUGAUCAUCAACAGAAUGAGAUACAAAAAGUAGAAAAAAAGAUAUCAGAACAGAACGGAAAACUGUAUGAAGAGAAUAAUAUGAAGGGGAUUUCAGUGGUUUCAGUGAAAGAAAACCUACUACCACUAAAAUUAGAAAAGUCUGAAGGUGGAGGGGAAAUUGUAAUACUGCAAGAAAAAGAAAUUGAUUUAAAAUCUAAAAAAACUGAGGAGAAUUCAAAAGACAGUGCUCUGAAUGGUGACUUGGUUUUUAAUAUCAGUGACGCCAUGAUAAAUGCAGAAGGCAAAAUAAACAAGCAAAAUUAUAUUUUAGGUAAACAUGCUCCUUGCGAAGAUUUGGGAGGUGCUAAUGCAAAAAACUCUUUGGUUUUUAAAGAAGUAAACUCACUGAAGUCUCAGAUGAGAGAGAUUCCAGAAGAAUGUUGUGACAAUAGGGUGGAAUGUAAAGAUAUAGUGACCAGCUCUGUACCAGGGUCAGCACUUCUGUCUUCUAUUGAAGAAAAGCGGCUAGCAUGGAUAAAAUCAUUUAAACCUUGGUUUGAAAUUUUCAAUCAAAAUCAACAAAAGAAAAUUGUUAGAAGAAAGAGGCUUGUAAAAUGCCCAGUCAAUGCGAUGCCCCCUUUGAAUACGCUAGAAAUUCUUCGCUGUGGCCCUUGGAAUACUUUACAGCAGGUUACAACAAUUACAUUUCAAGAUUUGCCAGGUUGUAGCCUCUCCACACUGGCAGAGUGUACGAAUCUUCAGUGUCUGUCUCUUCAACGCUGUGGAUUAACUUCUUUGCACAGCCUGAAUAACUGCAAAAAAUUGAAGUACAUUGAUGCACAGGAAAACCGUAUUGAGACUCUCAGCUGUGAAAAUUUGGAACAUCUCUGUGCUGUUGUUCUUAAUAAAAAUCAGCUGACUUCUUUGCAUGGUUUGGAUGGCUGCACUAACAUCCAAAAGCUUGAACUUUCGCAUAAUAAAGUCACUCGAAUUGGUGGUUUAGAAUCGUUGAAAAAUCUUCAGCAACUGAUUGUGGACCACAAUCAGUUAAUUAGUACGAAAGGUCUUUGUGAUAUACCUACCGUUACAUACCUGGAUUGCUCAUAUAAUCAUCUUACUGAAGUUGAGGGCAUUGAAAACUGUGGAUUGCUCCAAAUACUGAAGUUGCAGGGAAAUUAUCUAAGUGAGCUUCCAUCCUUGGAGAAUCAUGUUCUACUAAGAGAGUUGCACUUGGAUGAUAACAGCAUUUCAACUAUGGAAACAUUUUCUUCAUAUUGGCUGCCUUUACUACAAAUCCUGACUAUCUCUCAAAACAGCUUGACAAAAAUCAUACCACUUUUUCAUUUUGUUUCAUUGGAAAAACUAGAUGUCAGCAACAAUUGUCUCUCUGAUCUUGCAAAUACCAUAAGGUGGUUUGAUGCGUGCUUUUCUCUCCGUGAAUUGUCUCUCAUUGGAAAUCCACUUCUUCAAGAAAUAAACUGGAGGAAUUCUCUACUUAAAAUAUUACCUGCUCUGAGAAUCCUCAAUGGUGAAAUGCUAACCUCUUCUCCAGAAAGUCACACUGAAGAACAUCUAGAAUUAGAGCAUUUCCUGGUACUUUGUCGGUCCCAGAUUAGAGAAUUUAACUUACUAACUGAAAAAUAUAUUGCUGGAAAAGGAAACAUAGUUACCUUGGAUGCUACAGAAAAUCUCUGCUAUUAUUUUAAGAAAUUGAUGACACUUAGUAAUGAGUGUCGAUAUGCACAUGAACAUGGGGAUGUAAGUUUCAGCAAAAGAGAAGAAUCAAAAGCCCAGCAAAAUCAUUUGGCUUCUACAAACAGGGAUGGCGUACUGCAAAACAGAGUCCUUUCCUCUUGUGCAAAUGAGUAUGAACUGGACUCCCCAAAGAUUUCUGAGAAGUGGAUGGACUCUGGUUCCAGUCCUUCCCCAUUAACCAACCCCUUACGUGAAGAUACCGAAGAAAGAAAUCAGGGAAAAAUAAUGGGCCAGAAAAGAGAAGACAACAAGGCAAGCAUUUUUCCCACCAAAAAAAUAGCAUUCAUGGAAACAGUAAUGACAAGGUCUCUACGGAAGGACUGCCAGAAUAUUGACGAUCACGAGAAAAGUAUGGCAGCUGUGAUAAUCCAGGCACACUGGCGUGGCUACAUGGAGCGCAGACAGAUUCAUUUCUCUGCAAAGCUACAUCCUCCUGCAGUAGAAUCCCUGACAUCCCAGCCAAAUUCCCACAUUGAAAUUCCAACUGUUUUAAAGAAAGAAGAAAUAAAAAAUACUGUGACUAUCCAAGAACAGAGGGAGAAAUCUGCUAUUCUCAUUCAGGCAGUUUGGAAGGGCUUUCUUUUGCGAAAGAAACUGACAACAGCCCUAGAGGCUAUUAAGAAUGAAGAAUCUGAAGAGGAAUAUGAAGAAAUAGAUUUAGAAGAUUUUACAUUCAGUGAAGCUGCCUUAGAGAAGGAAUGGCUAGCUUUAGAUUCCACCCGCUUCCCUUCACAAACACUGCUUCUCCCAAACCAGCUGCACUGGCCAAAGUUCUCUGAAACCUUAAAAUGUGAUGAUACUUCGUUUAAUUUACCAAGUCAUCCAGCUCAUGCAUGGCUAUGUAAUGAGAAAGAAAAUUUGUUUUCAUCGGAACACACACAACUUAAUAGCAGAUCAGAAAAUAGAACUUUUUCUAGGACACCUGAAUUAAAGAUCAGCAGAAAGAGCUGGCAAAAGUCUGAAAAAGAAGAAAAAAUUUCAGAAGAAUGGGGCUUUAAGGAUAUUUCUACUGCUCAGCAAAUGCUAAAGAGAGCACAGAAAAUGAAAUCAAAGAAAUUAAGGAGAAAAUUAGAUCCCACUGUGCGUCUGGCGUUAUUCAAAAACAAUGAAAAGAAAGCUUCUGUUAUGAAAUUACCAAAGAAGGCACAGCCCAAAAGAGAUGGCUACUUUGAAGGUAAGGAAGAAGAACUUAUAUAUAAAGAUACUCCUGCAAGUGAAAAAUUAGAAAGGAGUAAAGAAUAUACAUAUCAAUGGCUUCAUACACAGGUUGGGGUUCAUGAACCAACUAGUUCCAGAAAUAUGAAAUGCAAUCACUUCUUGCCUGAGUUAGAUCCAGAUGUACUUAAUGGUGGAAGAGUUCAGCUUGUGGCAAGACUUGUAAGCAGAGAAGACACGGAUUUAGACCUUUUUUCCAUGACCAGUGGAAGUGCUUUGUCUGUGAAGAGAGAAAAAAAAAAUCAGGCACACAGACACUCAGCGGGAUCUUCAAGUUGUUCAAUUAAGGGAGUACUUGCACCAAUGAUGACAAACACAAGACCUUCUAAGAAAGAACGUAUGUCAUUCCGUGACAACCCUGUACAACUCAGUGGUGGAUGGGGAAGUGGCAAAAAGAAAGCGAAAACUUCAAACUAAUCCUUCAAGCUUCAGCAUUCAAAACACAUGGCACACGGUUUCUUUUCAAGAGAUCUGUGGAUAUCCGGUCAUGUUACCAAUUGGAUACAAGGUUUUAGAGUACGGUAUUUAAUUUGUAUUAUAGUACGUACUUCACAAUUUUGUUUUCUGAUGGGCUUAUUUUCCAUCUGUGAAAUACAGUUUUGCUGUUAUUCCUGCGUUCGUGUGGAAUGGCUUCCAGGAACUAAUUCUUGAAAUAUUGUAAUGGAAUUUGCAUAUUCAAUGUCUUUCUCUGUUUAAAGUUUCUUUAACACAUGUACUAUAGAUGGGUUUUGUGACCAAUAGUAAAUUUUAAUGCAAUAAAUAUAAGAGAAUAUAGCUUUAUUUAAUUGAUCUGUUUAUAGUACUAAUGGGUCAUUAGUAUAUUAGUAAAUUUUGUCUGACCAGAUUAUUAUAAUUGGAUAUUUCAAAGAUAAGUUGAUACACCAUUCAGAAUGGACAAUGAAAAUAGCCUUUUUUUACCUUAUCAUCUUAAAUAGUUAAGUUAGGAAAUAUAUG